AGUGCAUGGAACAAAAGACCUUCCAAAGCAAUAAUGGAACCCUACGACUACUACUACUACAUUCUUCUCCCAAUUUUCUUCUUCCUCAUCAGAUCACUAUUCCACAAACCUAGCGGACGGAAACUGCCGCCUGGACCUCGCGGAUUCCCUAUCCUAGGUUCCCUUCCCCAUCUCGGGCCCAAUGUGCAUGAGUCGUUGUUCCAUAUGGCCAAACGCCAUGGCCCAUUGAUAACCCUCCGUCUUGGCGCUAUCUCCACGGUGGUUGCAUCCUCCCCCGAGGUUGCUCGAGAGAUCAUCGGGAAAAAUGACUAUGCAUUCUCGGAAAGGACAGUUCCAGACGCGAUUGCAGCCCAACCAAACCCCGAGUUCACCCUUGGUUGGGUAAGUGGGGACCAUGCAUGGCGAAACCGCCGACGCAUUUGCACCACCCAUCUGUUCUCGUCUCACCGCCUUGAUGCUCUCCAACAUCUUAGGUACGAGAAGGUCCAGCAGCUCCUCAACCAUGUCAACAAGUAUCGAAACACUGGAAAGGCCGUAGAUAUCGGGAAGGUGGCAUUUGGUAUGAGUUUAAACCUUGUAUCAAGCACAUUAUUCUCAGCCGAUAUUGUGGAUCCAGAAUUUGAAUCGGCUCAGGAGUUCAAGGAGGUUGUUUCCCAUAUCAUGGAAGAUGGUGGGAAGCCAAAUCUGUCUGACUAUUUCCCGCUGCUCCGAUGGUUCGAUCUGCAGGGGAUCAGGAGACAUAUAAAGAGUUCUUAUAAGAGGUUACAUGAAAUAUUGGAGGAAAUAAUUGAGAAGCGUUUGAAUGAUCGAGCAGCAGGAACAUCCAUCAUCAGGAACGAUGAUUUCUUAGAUGUUCUUUUGGACCAGUGCCAAGAGGAAGGGUCGGGUUUUGACCGUCAAAACAUCAAGGCUUUGAUAGUGGAAUUAUUCGUGGCCGGAAGUGAUACAACAGCAAUAACAAUUGAGUGGGCAAUGGCUGAACUUCUUCGAAAGCCCAGUGUGCUCCAAAAGGCAAGACAAGAGAUCCUCACAGUUGUAGGAACCGAACGACCAGUUCAAGAGUCUGACAUUGACACACUCCCUUACCUCCAAGCCAUUAUCAAGGAGACAUUGAGGCUCCACCCUGCAGGCCCAUUAAUGCUCCCUUACAGGGCCAAAACCGACACCGAAGUUCUCGGUUACACAAUCCCAAGGGGCAUUCAGGUGUUAGUCAAUGCGUGGGCCAUUGCAAGAGAUUCGAACUACUGGAUCGAACCUAUGGAAUUCCGUCCUGAGAGGUUCACAGGAUCGACAGUCGACUAUAAGGGACUUAACUUUGAGUAUAUCCCGUUUGGGGCAGGACGUCGGAUCUGCCCCGGGAUGCCACUUGCAGUUAGGACGGUCCCUUUGGUGGUGGCCUCGCUCGUUCAGGCAUUUAGUUGGAGACUUCCAGAAGGGACUUCGCCGGAGGAGUUAGAUAUGGUGGAGAAGUUCGGUGUGACCUUGAAGAAGGCCAUCCCUCUUUGUGCCAUUCCUAGCUAGUGCGUCCACUGAAAAGGGCAACUGAGCAUAGAAGAGAAUCAUUGCAUUAAAGUUAUAUAUUUUUCUUGUGGUGUUUUUCAGGUUUUUCUGUUUACAUAAUGUUCUGAAAAGUGGUGAAGAAUCUUGGACC